CUCCUCCUUCCCGGUGACAGGCGGCAACACUGAAGCGUCGCCUCUCCUUUUCCAAAAUAAUCUGUGCUCAGGACUGAAUAUUGAAGCCAUAAAGCUAAAGGAGGGGAUCAUCCAAUUGGGACUUCCAGUGCUGUUCCUGAAGAACUCAAGGUGGCUGCAACUUGAUUACCUGCAGGAUCCAGGAAUCAUCUCUCCCUACUGGGGUGCAGACCUCAGUCCACCAUCUCCUGCUUCUGUACAGCUUCUCGCUGAAGACGGUGACAACAAUGUGACCAUUGAACUCUUAACAGAACCAUGUGACUCGCUAUUAUGGAUCUGAGAAUCUGCAAAAACUGAGUCAAUACUUACCAGUCACAAUGGUCCCCCUUCUGUUUUUGGUGGCAACCACAACAACACCAAAUUCCACAGGCAAUGUCACCCAAACACAAGGUGUUACAUCCAACAGCCCUCACAUCCUUCCCACUGUGCUGGUCGUGUUCCUGCUGCUGCUCAUCAUCGUACUUCUGGCGUGGUACUUCCUCAGGUUAAAAAACCAGAGAAAAGCAGACGUCACAACAGUUGACAAGAAAGUACCAAAUGGCAUCCUGGAGGAACAAGAGCAACAGACAGUGGUUCUUCUGCCCAGAUCCCCCUCAGCCUCUAAGACCUUCUUGCCCAUAUCAGUCGACAACCUUGAGGAGGAGUACAGACUUCGCUCCGCUGAUGAUGGCAAACUCUUCAGGGAAGAGUACAAUUCCUUGCCAGGGGGUAAUGCCCAAGGAACAUAUGAGGAAGCUAACAAGGAUGAAAAUAAAGAGAAGAACAGAUACCCCAACAUCCUUCCUUAUGAUCAUUCCAGAGUAGUGCUGACUCAGCUGGAUGGCAGUCCUUGUUCAGACUAUGUGAAUGCGUCUUACAUUGAUGGUUACACGGAAAAGAACAAAUUCAUAGCUACACAAGGUCCAAAAGAAGACACUGUGGCAGAUUUCUGGAGGAUGAUUUGGGAGCAGAAAGUAGCGACUGUAGUCAUGCUGACAAAUCUGAAAGAAAGAAAAGAGGAUAAGUGUUACCAGUACUGGCCAGACCAAGGGUGUUGGACAUAUGGGAAUGUGAGGGUGGCCGUUGAAGACUUCACAGUCCUGGUGGACUACACCAUACGCAAGUUCUGUGUACAAUAUCAAGCCAGUGAUGCUGCAAAGACUCCCCGUCUGGUCACCCAGCUUCACUUCACCAGCUGGCCUGACUUUGGAGUUCCUUUCUCCCCCAUUGGCAUGCUCAAGUUUCUCAAAAAGGUCAAGUCAGUGAAUCCAUCCUUCUCUGGACCAAUUGUGGUCCACUGCAGUGCUGGUGUUGGGAGGACGGGAACCUUCAUAGUUAUAGAUGCCAUGAUCGACAUGAUGCACGCAGAGCAGAAAGUUGAUGUGUUUGGGUUUGUUUCUAAGAUACGAGAGCAGCGCUCACAGCUCAUCCAGACAGAUAUGCAGUACUCAUUCAUCUACCAGGCCCUGCUUGAAUACUACCUCUAUGGAGACACAGAGCUGGAUGUGUCAUCUCUGGAAGGACAUCUGCAUAAACUUCACAACACCUUUGCUGAUGGUGAUCGAGUCGGUCUGGAGGAAGAAUUUAAAAAACUGACCAACAUGCGAAUAAUGAAGGAGAACAUGAGGAUGGGGAACCUCCCUGCCAACAUGAAGAAGAACAGAGUUCUGCAAAUUAUUCCGUAUGACUUCAACAGAGUUAUUUUGUCCAUGAGAAGAGGCCAAGAAUUCACGGACUACGUCAAUGCAUCUUUUAUAGACGGAUACAGACAGAAGGAUUACUUCAUCGCUACACAAGGACCUUUGCCUCACACUGUGGAGGAUUUCUGGAGAAUGGUCUGGGAGUGGAAAUGUCACUCCAUUGUAAUGCUCACUGAGCUCCAGGAGAGGGAACAGGAUAAAUGUUGCCAGUACUGGCCCACAGAAGAGUCUGUCACCUAUGGAAAUUACGCUGUAGAGCUGAAAGGAGACACACUGUGUGAGACCUUCAGCCUACGAGACUUGGUACUCACCUUUGUUCCGGAGAAGCAGACAAGGGUGAUCAGGCACUUCCACUUCCACGGCUGGCCUGAGAUUGGCAUCCCGGCUGAGGGAAAAGGCAUGAUCGACAUCAUCGCCUCAGUGCAGAGACAGCAGCAGCAGUCUGGGAACCAUCCCAUAGUUGUACACUGCAGUGCUGGUGCAGGGCGAACCGGUACGUUCAUUGCACUGAGCAAUAUCUUGGAACGAGUCAAAGCAGAAGGCCUGAUGGACGUGUUCCAAACUGUGAAGAGUUUACGCAUGCAGAGGCCUCAUAUGGUCCAAACUGUGGAACAAUAUGACUUCUGCUACAGGGUGGUACAAGACUUUGUUGACAUUUUCUCAGACUAUGCCAAUUUUAAAUGAGAUUUGCCUUAAACAUGUUUUUUAAUGUUGUUUUCUAAAGCAGAUUAGUCAGUUUUAUGUGUUUCUUUAACUUGUUCAAAUGAUCUUCUAUUUUGCUAUGCACUUGUCCUAUCAUUAACUCAAGCCCUGCUGUUAUAUACGGUAUGUCAGAGGAUGAAAGAUGUAAAAGAAACAAGCUAGAUUAAUAAUGUACAUUUCAUAACAUGUAUGAUAAUUACUUUAUCAUGAAGUGUAGCUUCAAAGUUGGUCUGAGAAACCAGUUUUGUUGUAUAAUAUUGUACCUUAAAUGUUUGUGUUAUUUUAAAUAGACAUUUUUAAAAGUUGUAGUUAUUGUAAAUGUAUUUAUGUACUGACAUUGUCAUUCCUUUCUUGUGUUCGGAGAACAUGAUGUUAAUGUUGAGAUUCCUUUUAUGUUGUUAUUUGCAAACAAGCCACCAUUUUUUUUCUUAAUAACUUCUGAGAUUAGAGGACAUAACGAAACGUUUUAUUUCCACUGUCCUCAAGACACAAUCCCAUAAUGAAUGUGAUACUGUCCAACUGAGAUAUUGUCAGAAAAGGAGUGAAUAAUUUCAGCCAUAAUGCAGAAAACAUUCAUUUAUGCAAAAAAAGAUUGAAAUGAUUAUAUAAUACUCGGAUUGACUUACAAAUAAAUUCAGGCAGAUGUCUCAGAGUUAGAUACACAUAGUUGUGAAAGGCUAUUGAACUGUUUGUACCUCAAGAAGUGGUAUGCAACUGCAUUUACAAUGAUGUAAUGUUAAUACAGUCUGCCUUUUGCUUGUAUACAGAUACAUUUAUUUUGCUAAAAUGACUGCACAUUCAAAAGCACAUAACCAAGCCUUUUGCCAAGAAGAAAAAAAUGUUUGCUUUAUUGUAUUUUAGGUUAGAGAUUUCUAACAAAUCGGUGCCAUAUGUACAUUAAAGCCAUUUUCACACAUGAACACCAGAGAUAUUCAAGAGAAUUUGGUCCAGUCUUUUUCUGCUUUUCAUAGAAGUGUUUCACAGCAUGAGAUUGUGUGCUGGAUAAGUGCUCUCACAACUGGCAAUGUGACAGCAGGGCUGCAGGCAAAAGUCUGUCUAUCGCAGAUGAGGUAAACUAUGAUUCAAAAAGUACACUGUAAAAAAUCAGCAAAAAUGGUGGGUUGAUUUUGAGACCAGUUGUAUCAUAGUAUGGACACAAUAGCAAGCAGAGAGUAGAAAGCAGCAACUUUAACAGUGCACAUUAUAAAAUAAUUAACGUUAUGUUUGCAUUUCAUCUCAUCUGCUGUUUUUCUUAAAAUUUUACCAAGGUUUUUACUAACAUUUCUGGGCUUCAGUGCACGUGUGAAAACAGCUUAAUUCACAAACAUAGGAACAACCCUAAAUUGAAGGUUAAGAAAGAUUAUCCUAAGGAAAUAUAAGAGGCCACAAAAUGCAGUAGAGUCAGUAAAUCUUACAUGACGCACAGUUAACAUACAGGACAGUAAUAAACACAAAAUCGUGUUCCUCAGUUUUGUAAUGGCAUAGGCCACAACACACAAACGUGGUGCUUCAGUGCCUGCUUAAAGCCAGAGAAACAAAAAAUAAAGACUCCAUUUUAUCAGAGUUGUUACUUUUUAUGUUUUGGAAUAUUUGUUUUUGCUACAGUGGUUAAAAGAACACGAAGAACCUGAAUGUUUCAAAUCAAAGAUGUCCAGUGUUAGUCUUUUUGUUGCAAAGUAUCUGAAUGUUGAACAGUUUUUCCUGUGCAUUUCCUUGAGGGUAGUAACUGCUCUAUCUGGUACUCCAACAGUUUUACUUUUGCUGUAUGUAAAUACUACAUGAUAAAGUGCUAACAUUGUAAAAAAAAACAAAAAAACGCUGAGCAGCAAAGGACUGUGAAGCGAUCA